UUCCUCUUUGUUUCAGUCUGUUUCCGGUUUGUUUCCGGUCUGUCGGCAGAGUUCAUUCUACUUUAUUUAAACUCUUAAAACACAACAGUGUCCGAAAUGCACGCGCUGCUGCGGCGGGUGGGAACCGGAACAUGGAGAGGUUUCCACAUGACGGCCCCUGCGAUGACCUUUGACCUGAGGAAGGUUGAACUAAUGCCUCUGGAGCAGCGGAAGCUCACCUUCGACUCCCACACCAUGGUGACAGAGCUGGAGAGCAGCGGGUUCGAGAAGCGUCAGGCGGAGCUGAUCGUCUCCGCUCUGGUUACCCUGACGACGACGAACAUGGACAUCGUUUACAAAGACAUGGUGACCAAAUCCCACCAGGAGAUCGCGUUGCAGCAGAUCAUGGCUCACCUGGACUCCAUCAGGAAGGACAUGGUGAUCCUGGAGAAGAGCGACUUCGCCAACCUCCGAUCUGAGAACACGAAAAUGAAACGAGAGUUGGAGCAGAUACACAACCGGCUGAAGGAGGAGAGUCAGAAAGUCCGAGCUGAAACCAAACUGGACAUCAACCUGCAGAGCAGCAAGAUCUCUGACGUGUUCACCGAACAGGAGAAGAAGCUGAUGGAGGCCAGUACAGAGUUCCACCACAAGAAAGCCGACCUGGUAAACGACAACAUGGAGAUCAACCGCAAGAUCGACCUGCAGGUGGCGUCGCUCAAAACCGUCCUGGAGUCCCUGAAGCUGGAGACCAUCCGCUACCUGGCAGCGACCGUGUUCUCCUGCCUGGCCAUCGCACUGGGAGUCUACCGGCUGUGGAGGUGAACCGUCCUCGGCCGGAUCUCCUUUAACUCGUCUUCCUCCGCCACACAAAGUAGUUCCUGGUACAAAAGUACUGCAAGUUGAAGUAAAGUACGCAGAAGAAUUAGUGUACUAGUACUACAAAGUACCAAAGCACAUUCACUCAAGUACAGAAUAGAAGAACAACAUUGAGGUACUUGUAUUUGACCCGAGUACUUUCGUUUAAUGCUAUUUAAUCAUUUAAUCUACUUCAGUAAAAGUAGUAAAGUAUCAUCUUCUUGUACUUUUGAAUAAAGUGGACGAGAAAUAUGAAGCUCAAAGAUGUGCAAGAGAAAAGAACAAGCAGGGUAUUUUUAAUAAACUGGUUUACUAUAA